AUGGCAGUGCACCGCGACAAUCUAAUAGAAGAAGAAGAGAACGAAGAAGACAAUGCUCUCUUUGAAGGAGACGGCUUAAUUGACCAAGAUUCCGAUAUUCCUCCUCACCUCCGUGACCUCGCCCGCGCUGCUCAGCUCGGUGACCUUGACGCUCUUCGCAAUGCUCUAGAUAACCUGAAUGGCAGCAUUGAUGAACCAGUGGAAGAUGGGGACACGGCUCUCCAUUUGACAUGCUUGUAUGGCUGUUUGCCCUGCGUCCAGCUACUCCUGGAAAGGGGAGCAAACUUGGAGGCCAAGGAUGAAGACGGGGCGAUUCCUCUGCACGAUGCUUGCGCAGGGGGAUUUACUGAGAUAGUCCAACUUCUAUUGAACAGUGCUAAUAGUGCAGAGUGUGUGAAAAGGAUGCUAGAGGCAGUUGAUGAUGAGGGCGAUACUCCUCUUCACCAUGCAGCAAGAGGUGAACAUGCUGAUGUUGUUAGACUGUUGCUGGCUUGUGGUGCCUCCGCUACGGCAGCAAACUCAUAUGGAAAGACUCCAAGCGAACUACCUGAACCAGAUACUGAAGCUCGCAGAAUUUUGGAAUCAGCUGGAAGUGCCUCUCCAUGA